AUGGAAGACUCACCUCCCAACACCUCAGAGGGAUCUAGCACCCCUCCACCCGAAAUAACACCCGAAACGUCGAUACGAAUCGUUCGGGUGCCUCAAGUUCAGGCCUUGCCAGAGGGCGUACCCCCUCCCGCGACAGCGCUCGAGACAGAAGACUACUACGGUCUCUGGCGCAACAAACCCCGACUCCUCGCGCGAUCAAACUACCCCGAUGACCAAUGGUCGGGCUUGUGCAACGGCUGGUCGCAGGUCGAGGAUUCCCAUCCAUUCAAACUUCUCUGGUCCGAUCCUGAGAGAAUUAUCCAGAAGGAACUGGUGGGUGCGCUGAAGUAUACGAAGUGGAAAUGCUUCCAGGCCUAUCGCAUCGGGAGCGCACUGCAAGAAAGUCAGGUGAAACUCCUGAUCAUUGUCGAGACCAACUCUACGACUUAUUCGCAUGCUUGGGGUAUCGCACGAUUGUGUAGGGACAUCUUGAGGGGUUAUGACAUUACGGAUGUUGAGGUUGAGGUUCAGGAGUGUACCGGUUGCUGGGCUAUCAAUCGAAUACGGGAGUCGGUGGGACCUGAGGUGAUUGUACAAGAUUGUCCUAUUUGCCAUUGA